GUUGUGCUCCGCCGUACCGCAUCCACUGUACCCAUACGACCUCCAACCCUCACAUAGAUACCUCAACUUGACCAGAUCUUCAAGCUCUCAAUCAAUAUUGCCCGACCCUGAUCCAAAUUGCAACGCCAUUCCCAUGGCGGCACCACCUCGACAUGCCACGAUGCAAUCCAUCAGCAAUGGCGGCACAGCGCCGAGCGAUAGACCACAAAUACAGCAAACACAGCAAGCCCAGCUGUCACAACAAUCCCCUGGGCUGCGUGUACCUUCCAAUCGCAAGACCAUCUACGACAGACACCUGAACCGGACUCGUAAUGCAGAACUCAGCCGGGCAAGCUUCGCCUUUCUAUUCGGGGAGAUGGUCACAUAUGCUCAACGACGAGUAACAGGUAUCCAAGAUCUGGAGAAACGGUUAAACGAACAAGGCUACCCCCUCGGCCUCCGCCUCCUCGACCUCCUCUUCUACCGCUCAACCUCAACAUCCUCCUCCGCCCUCUCAAGUUCCUCCACCUCCUCUUCACCCCCAAACCGACCCCUCCGCAUCAUAACCCUGCUGCACCUGAUCCACGGCCCCCUCUGGCGCCUCCUCUUCGGCCGCGCCGCAGAUGCCCCUCGAGCACUCCGUGUCUCCGGAUACCCCCAACGAAUACAUGAUCACCGAUAA